AAUACCUACCGUUGCCAUAGUUACCGCCUGAAGCUCUGUUUAAUACCAGAAAACAGCCACAUGGGGGCAAAGCUUCAUCAGAUUUCUACGAGUGUUGGUGGAAGCGACACUCAGCUUGCCAGCUGCCUAACCUCUCGUCUGCCUGGGAAACAUGGUGGCUAAAAGCAGAAAACAGACCGGGAAGAGUCCGACGACCCAGACUGACCGCGACAAGAACCAGCUUGUUUCUCCCCCUGGCAAAAGCAACGCCAGGCGCCCGGGCAGGGAGGGCAAAGCUUUCCCCGGUUUCCAUCCCAACGGGCUGGCGGGCAUCAGACACAAGCUCGGGCUAACUCCCUCCGCAGUUGUGAAGCAUGGACUCACUCUUCUACUCGCUGCUCUGACUGGAUACCUGCACUGGCUUCACCUGUCACAGCUGUUUGAGAAUGACAGACACUUUUCACACCUGUCAAACCUGGAGAAGGAGAUGGCUUUUCGUACAGAAAUGGGUUUGUACUAUUCCUAUUACAAAACCAUAAUCGAGGCUCCCUCUUUCCUGGAUGGCGUCCACUUGGUCAUGAAUGAUCGGCUGACAGAGUACCCUCUGGUUAUUAACACACUGAAGAGAUUUAAUCUCUAUCCAGAGGUGGUCCUGGCCAGCUGGUACCGGAUAUACACAGGUGUAAUGGGCUACUUUGGGAUUCCCACGAAGAUGUGCUGGUCAAUUAACAGAGGAGAUGGACUCACUCCUGUUGAUAGCUGUGAAGGUAUGGGUGAUCCAGCGUAUUUCUAUGUGACCUGUGUGUUCAUGCUGAACGGCGUGAUGAUGAGCCUGUUCUUCAUUUACGGCUCCUACCUCAGUGGCAGUCGGCUGGGCGGCGUUGUUACCACCAUGUGUUUUUUCUUCAACCACGGCGAAAGCACUCGUGUGAUGUGGACUCCUCCACUGAGGGAGAGCUUUGCUUACCCCUUCUUAGUCCUGCAGAUGCUUCUUCUCACCUACAUCCUACGGACACAGAACCCGAGCAAGACCACCAUGGUUGCUCUGGGCGUCUCCAAUUUGUGCUUCAUGCUGCCUUGGCAGUUCGCCCAGUUUGUGCUGCUCACUCAGGUGGCAUCUCUGUUUGCUUCGUACAUCCUGGGUUACCUUAGCCCCACCAAGAUGCAGUCUAUCCUGGUCACUCAUAUGAUCACACUUGCUGUCUGCUUUAUCCUCAUGUUUGGUAACUCCAUGCUGCUCACGUCCUUCUACGCCUCCUCACUCAUCUCCAUCUGGGCCAUCAUUGCAAUGAGGGAUCAUUUUGCUCAAGUUUUCAAAGCUGGCAUUAUCAUCUGGGUCAUGCAGGGUUUGGCGUGGGUCGGCUCCACAGUUCUGCUCAAAUUCAUGCUGUCCACAAUCCUUGGCGCUUCGGAUGAUGCUCACAUCAGUGGACUGAUCAAGUCCAAGUUCACCAGCUAUAGGGACUUCCACACUUUGAUGUACACGUGUGCUGCAGAAUUUGACUUCAUGGAGUUGGAGACGCCUCUACGUUACCUCAAAACGUUGCUGCUGCCCAUCAACCUGCUGGUGGUUGUCCUCGUUGCUGGGAGGACCUUCCAGGAUUUAGGCCGGUUCCUGAGGGGUGGAGGGAAGGCGUCGGGCAAGAGUGACGAGGUUGUUGUGGCUGCAGGGUCUGAGGUAGCUGCCAAAGGAGAGCUGGUGUAUCACAGUCUGCAGCUGGUGGCGUUUGCUCUCCUGGCCGUCCUCAUCAUGCGUCUGAAGCUCUUCCUGACCCCGCACAUGUGCAUCAUGGCAUCACUUAUCUGCUCCAAACAGGUGUUUGGCUGGAUCGGGGAGAAGUGUAAGAACCAGAUUGUGGUGUUUGCUGUAAUGGCUGUCAUGGCCGUACAGGGGCUAGCCAACCUGCAGGCCCAGUGGGCGAUCAUCGGAGAGUUCAGCAACCUGCCACAGGAGGAGCUGCUGGACUGGAUCCAGGACAACACCGGUCCCGAUUCUGUAUUUGCGGGAGCAAUGCCCACCAUGGCCAGUGUGAAGCUGUCCACAGGUCGUCCCAUCGUGAACCAUCCCCACUAUGAAGAUGCUGGACUGAGGGAGAGAACCAAGCUGGUGUACUCCAUGUACAGCCGCAUGUCUGGAGAAACGGUGAAGCGGAAUCUGAUGAAGCUGGGAGUGGACUUCUUCGUCCUUGAGGAUUCCUGGUGCACUAGGCGAACCAGGCCUGGGUGCAGCAUGCCAGAGAUCUGGGACAUUGAGGAUCCCCAAAACAUUGGUAAAAUUCCCCUCUGCACCCACAUAUCCAGGAACUCACGACGCCACUUCACCACAGUCUUUUCUAAUGACAUUUACAAAGUUCUCGAAGUCCCCAAAGACCAAAGAUAACACUGUUGGAUGGAGCGAUCCAGCACCAAACUUGAUCUUCACAUCACAUAUUUGGUGUCGGUCACUGCUGUUGCUGCUUUUUACUUCCCAAAACUCCAACCCCCACUGUUCCCCCUUUUUUUCCACGGUUCUUGAUUAACUGUGGUUGGAUAAACCAAAACAAUCUGCCAAUCUCAGUAUUUGUGAUUUAAGGAAACUCCCUGUUCCCAACAUUUUGCCAGUUUUCCUUCCUGCUGCAUCUUUGUCAUCCAGCGACUUUCCCACUGUAUUCCAGUUGGUGCCCAAGUGAAAGCCAAAAGGUGUUAAAGCUCUUUGUUAAGCUUGCUUAAUUUUUCUGUUACAGUCCUUUAUUUUGAGAGAUGCUGCUCAAAUAUCAUUGUUUUUUACUUUUUUUCUUAAGUGGUCAAUUUUGUCUGGCAGGACCAAUCAAUGAUGUCCAUAUACUGUGAAGCAAUACCCUCUUUGUUAACUUAACAAAAGCUGACUUCUGUGGUCAUGUGAAAGUUGCUGAAAAGAUUUUCUUUUUGUCUUUUUUUUAAUAACUACUUUGUGUGAAUAUGUUUAUGCAAAUUUCAAGGUGUAAAAGGGGCAGUAAGUGAUUUUCAAGACAGUUUGUUGUUAGUUUUUUGACUGCACUUGCUGGGGCUCGAACCUGCAUCCUCGGGUAUGGGAGACGGAAGUGCUAAACACGGGGCACAAACAAGGCCAAAACCCCCUGAAUGUCUGUUGUUAACACGUCUUAAGGUGUCAGGGAGUGAUGUUUACAGACUGCAAACAGUGUUGUGUGGUGCCGUCGCACUUUUUUUGUUUUCAAUCUACAGAGCAUGGGCUGAACCGAAAAAUGUGUAUUAUUUUUGGCACACAGAACCGACAGCUAGCAAACUGCAGGGAAAAAAAGUGUAUUGGAUUAAAAUUGCUUACUGCCCCUUUAAGUCUUUUGAUGCAAACAGUGUUUUAAGAGUGUUGGGAAACAGGGAAAUUCUGUUCUUAUGUUUUGAAGUUUUUAAAACUUGGUCUCCGCAUUGGUCUCCAAGUUGGUUUCCCCUGACAAUGUUUUUAGCAAACUUUUGUUCUUAAUUCAGUCAUAAACUGGCAUAAAGAGUUUUUAUGACGAGACAUGGAAAUAGAAAUUUAAACCUAACUGUGCCCUGCACCAACAUUGUUGUAAAUAGCGAAACAGUUGUUUUGUUCAAUCCUGGUAUACGGCCUGUAAAUCUUUUUUUUUUGUUUCUUGAUAUUAUUGUUUAUUGCCAAAGGAUGUUGUUGUUAUCAAACCAAGGUAUUUUACGCGAGGCACAGUAGCAAAGGAAAGGCUUUUAGUUAUUGCGAACCAUCAAUUUGUGAGUUCUCUAACAGCCAAUCCAAACUAUUUGUAGCAGUGACUUUUAUGUAAGUGGCACCAGUUUUUGGUCUUUCGAUGGCUUGGAUAAUGAUUGAUCAAUAUUUUGAUGAGAAGAUCGAUACCACUUUCACACUUGUAUGUUAAAUAUAAAGCUACAGCCAGAAUGCAGUUAGCUUAAAACAAAGAUUGGAAACAGGCGGGAACCAGCUAGCCUGAAGCUGUACAAAGGUUAAAAAAAUUAGCCUACCUCCACCUCUAAUGUUCACUGAUUAAAUGUUCAAAUGUGUUUAAAUCUGUGCAACAACCUUUGCCAUUGAUCAGAACACCAUCUGGCCAAGAAAUUGUUCUGUGCUUGACGUCCUGUAAAACUACAACUUGUCAUUAAAACUUCUACUACAGUCA